UUCUCUCUAUAAAUAUUAUCACAUAGAGAAGAAUCAUACACAAUCUCAAUCACAUAUCCUAUUCCUAUAUUAUAAGUUUGGUCUUCCUCUCUCAACUCCCAACCAGCUCAACUCCAAUGGCUUCUUCACAGAGACCCGAUAAUGUUCAAGAAAUGCACGUGUACGAGUUCAAUGAAAGAGAUCGUGGAAGCCCAGCUUUCCUCCGUUUAAGCCAAAAACCUGUCAAUUCACUGGGCGAUCUCGUCCCCUUUAGUAACAAAACAUAUACCGGAGACUUACAGAAACGGGUAGGAAUAACAGCAGGGAUGUGCAUUCUAAUCCAGAACAAACCGGAAAUGAAAGGUGACCGGUACGAGGCCAUCUUCAGUUUUUACUUCGGAGAUCACGGCCACAUAUCAGUUCAGGGUCCUUAUGUGACUUAUGAGGACACGUAUCUUUCUAUUACUGGUGGAUCUGGCAUAUUCGAGGGUGUGUACGGUCAGGUGAAGCUGCAGCAGAUUGUGUUCCCUUUCAAGCUUUUCUAUACGUUUUACUUGAAGGGCAUCAAAGACUUGCCGGCCGAGCUUCUUGUGAAGCCCGUUGAGCCCAGCCCCGCCGUUGAGCCCAGCCCAGCCGCUAAGGCCUGUGAGCCCCAUGCUUGUGUCUCCAACUUCACUAAUUAAUAUUAUUUUUGCUCUUAUUGGAUAGCUAGCUGGAUUAUGUGUCGUGUUUUAUGUUGGUUGGUAAUGUUGAGGAUCCUAAGUAGUAGACUUUUAGGAUUUUUUUUUUAAAUGGAUGCAUGUGUUGUUGUAAUGUUUCAAUGAACAAGCUGUAUUGUAUACAGUAUUUUAUAAAUAAAUUAAAAUCACAAUAAAUUCAUAUA